UGUCGCGCUUUUCUUCCGCAGGGAGAAGAAACAAGUAUGGCGGCGUCCAGUGUUUUCAGACCGGGCUUGUUCAACCAUAAAGUGGCGAUAGUCACGGGUGGAGGGACCGGUAUCGGUAAAGCUAUCUCUGCAGAGCUGCUGGCGCUGGGUUGCAGUGUGGUGAUCUCCAGUAGAAAGGCAGAGAGGUUGGAGGCGGCAGCUCAGGAGAUGAGACAGAACAUCCCUCCCUCCAGCCCCGCCUGUGUCACUCCUCUAACAUGUAACAUCCGAAAAGAGGAUGAGGUGAAGGCUCUUGUUUCAUCAGUGCUGAAGCAGUACGGCAGGAUAGACUUUCUGGUAAACAAUGGUGGCGGCCAGUUCAGCAGCCCGGCAGAAGACAUGUCCUCUAAAGGCUGGAAAGCUGUGAUAGACACCAACCUGACUGGAACCUUCCACUGUUGCCAGGAGGUCUACACUGCAUGGAUGAAACAGCACGGCGGCGUGAUCGUCAACAUCAUUGCUGACAUGUGGAAAGGCUUCCCAGGCAUGGCCCACACAGGAGCAGCGAGGGCAGCCGUGGACAACCUAACAAAGACUCUGGCCAUCGAGUGGGCAGUCUCAGGAGUCAGAGUCAACUCUGUUGCACCUGGCACAAUCUUUUCCAAAACUGCAAUGGAGAACUAUAAGGAGUUUGGACCAAAUCUCUUCAAGAGGUCUGUUCCAUUUAGCCCUGCAAAGAGGCUGGGGGUACCAGAAGAGAUCUCAUCUGCGGUGUGUUUCCUGCUCUCUCCUGCUGCCUCCUACAUCUCUGGAGCCACCCUGAGGGUUGAUGCAGGACAGAGUCUGUACCGCUGCAUGUGGGAGAUACCCCACCACAACGCAUGGCCCGACGCUCCAGAGGGGGAGAACCUGGAGGCUCUGAAGGACCUGCUCAACCCACAAAGCAAACUCUAAUUCAGUUUUGUGACAGUCAGUGUGUGUUAUGCGUUAGCUUCUGAGCACAUUUGGCCAACAAGCUUCAUGGACAUCGCGCUGCAUCAGAUGCCUCAAGCACUGUCAAAGAAACAAGACACCAUGGUGGCCUGGUUAUAAGAUGGUGUGAUGUAUUAUGCAAAUCAUGUACAUAAUUGUAUGUAAUUAAUAGUAUGCAACUGUCUGGUUAUUUUCCUGGGUAAUUUUUCCAAUGUCUUUUGUAAUUUAGUAAGUAAAAAGCACUGAUUUAGUUUUCUUUGAGGCUUCAAAGUCAGGAGCUACAAUGUCAAAAACAAAAUCCCCUUUAUUUUUAGUCUGGACCUGGGACAAGGCUCCUGCAGUGAAAGUCAAAUCCCCCUUUUCUUUUACAGGGAUCUGAUCAUGUAAUUCUUUGUAAGUCUUAAGAUUGUCAUUGACUGUCUUUGAUAUACAGUAAUUGUUACUUUUAACCCUGUAGUGAACAAUGUUACAAAACACCUCUUUGCAUAAAAUAUCUUGAGAUGUGAGGAAAAGGUUCUUAAUUUUGAAGGAGAAACAGACAAGUAAAGUUUAUUGUUAGUAGAAUUAAGAACAUUGCAUAAUAAAAGACUAAUAAAAUA